AUGAAUCGGCUCCCAGAGACGAAUACAGGUAUUGUAACUUCCUGGAUCCCUAUUCCGACAGCGCAUCCUCAUCAACCCGGCUGCGAGAACUCCCUUUGGAAAUUCGUACCCAGCAUCAUUGCUGCAUGGGACCCGGGCUAUGGAUUGUCAGUUGGAGGCGUUACCACAUGCCACCCCAAGCCAGUGACGACCUGGUGGUUACAAGAACGACUUGGUCCCAUUCGAGAGACGAUACUUAGUCUAGGACCGAUUACAUGUCCGAGCGAUUACUAUACUGCCACAGUAUCCGCUAAAGACGCUUCAAGUACUUAUGUAGCAUGUUGUCCGUUAGAAUAUAACUUCGCAAAAUUCAAGGGCCCAGGAGAUACGGGCGAGUGUACGUCGGAACUUAAAAAGGGGACUGUAGUUACCUAUGCUCAGAGGGACCCCGGUUGGAAAAUUACCAGUUCCAGCGUCACAGAAGAUACAACAGUAGCGGCGAUUCCUGUCAACGGCUGGAUAUUUGCCACCCCAACUGGGUCUGCAACGAAUAGUGCGAAUAACUGCGAUGCCUCCGUGGCAGACGCACUAGCGAACCAUGUAGCGACAGGGAAUUCCAGUUGUUUGGCGUCUGGUGGAAGCGGUAUUUCAGGGGGUGUUGCAGCUGGAAUUGGCGUCGGCGUAUCUUUAGGUGUUACCGGACUAGCAGCAUUAGGUGCUGGUCUAUUCAUGAUGUACAGAACGCGGAAAGCAGCCCAAAGGAAACCUUCGACAAGCGAUAUCGCCCAAUUCGCGAACAGUGGUGGAAAGGGUGUAGAAGCUAACGUGCAUGCUAUACCGACGUACCCGUCCGACCAUCGAGAAACACCCAGCCUAUCCGGGGGAUAUCAAUACCCGCCAUACGAAAGAGACGCUUGGGAUGCCUCGACGCCAUGCUUACCACCGCCACAAACGUCAAGUACGCAUACACAUGCCAGGACAGUGCCCCACGGGGAGAUGGAGGGCUCACCGUACCAACAUAUAAACGAAAGGACGAGAGCAGAAAUAGGAGGAAUGUCAUAUCAAGAUAUAGACAGCAUGGCAGGAGCAGGGUUCAUGGGACCACCCCACCACGAUUCAGAAGAGGACAUGAGGAGGCGGAUGGAAUUAGAAGGGGAGUUUGAUCGGAACGUAAAAGUAUCCUUAUCAACACCUUGGCUAGCAGCAGCCAGGGCCGUACCACCAUCGUCAUCUUCAUCAUCGCAUUAUCACCCUCCCCACUGA